AUGACACCUCUCCCCAAAUCCCUCGGUCCAAGAUCCCUCCCUCUCCGACCGCGACCGAUAACCCCCGGAUUACACCCUUUGCGCCGAACACGCUGCCAGCGCUACAAGUCUGAUUCUGCACAGUCGAAGAACACGAAUACAAAUAACAAGGCAGUCAAUGAGGAACUGGGAUCGAAUACUACACAUAAGACUACAACACACUCACACUCCCACACCCAUGCCUCCCCACCGCAGCCAAAUGCAUUCGCCGCAUCUGCAGGCGCAGCAACACCACCCUCCACACACUCCAUAACACGCUCUCGUGGCUUCCGCGAAAUGAUCAAGGCUGGUCCGAUUGGGAAGGUCGGGAGGUGGUAUGCGCGCGUGCAAAAUGAGAGGCCGUACACGACGCAGUUUUGGAGUUCGAUUGUUAUUUACCUGUGUGGUGAUUUGAGUGCGCAGAUGCUUUUCCCGGCUGAAGUAUUACCUGAGAAAGGCGAUGCGCAGGCGCAGCCACAGGCACAAGCUGAGGAUGGAGAUGGGGAUGACGGGCCCAGGACUGUUGGGUAUGACCCAUAUAGAACGAUGCGGCAUUUGGCUGUCGGGGCUGGGUCGAGUAUUCCUUCUUAUAACUGGUUCAUGUUCCUCGGCAACCAUUUCAACUACCCCAGCAAAAUCCUCUCAAUCCUAACAAAAGUCAUCGUGCAACAAAUUUGCUUUACGCCCGUUUUCAACACCUACUUCUUCAGCGUGCACUCGCUCCUCGGCGGCGCGACGAUGGAGGAGACAUACGAGCGGCUGAAGAAGGCCUUGCCGGUUAGUAUUACGAACAGCGUCAAGCUCUGGCCGGCUGUUACGGCGUUUAGCUUUAUGUAUGUGCCGGCGCAAUUCCGGAAUGUGUUUUCGGGUGUUAUUGCCGUUGGGUGGCAGACUUAUUUGAGUUGGUUGAAUCAGAAGGCUGCUAAGGAGGUUUUGCUUGCCGAGAUUGCUGAGGAGGAGAGGGUUAGGGAGGUUACUGGGUUGGGGCGUGGGUUGAUUGCUGGGACUGUGUGA